UGAUGUUCUGAAAUUUUUGUGUAAUGGUGGCAGAAAUGUACUACUAUGAACGAGAAUCUCAUUGUCUGAAGAUUGCUCUUGUACAUACAUAAAAUAAAAUGUCGUAUAAAGUUUUAUUUAAAGUAGGUAUAUCUCUGGUUCACCAUAUUUUUUUUUAUUGAUAAAAUCUUUGAAAAAGAAUAUGACAAGAUUAGUAAUUAAAAUCAAUAUAAUUAAAUAUUACGAAAACCUACCUUUAUUGCUUCUGGGAAUAAUUUAAUAAAUCCUUAAAGUUUGAAAUUCAACCGACUGAUUAUGAUUUCCUUUUUAUUUAUUUGAUUUGCUGUAAAAGGAGCUACUUUUUAUGAUGUGUAACUACGCAAAUCUGUAGGUAUUGAAUUUGCCGCGUUCAAUGUUAAAGCGUUACGGUUGUCGACUGAACUACGGAUUUUUUACGAGUAAUAGAAUGUAUUUGUAAGCCGUGGUAAUUAUUAUUAUGAUUAAAAUGUAAUAAUUAAUCUUUUGUUUCAUUAUGUUUGGUCGUUGACCUGAAGAAUAUGCUGAGUUUUUUUUUACAUUUUUAACGGAUUUUUGUUGUCAAGACCUAAACAUUUAACUUUUUCAGGUGGCAUGCAAAUAUUAAAAGUUUAUUAAAUAAAAUUCCUGUUAAGAAAUCAAGAAUAUAACAAACAGUCUUAUUAAUUAAUGGAUUUAUCAACACAGCUGAUAUUACGUCGCAAUGUUUUGUUGCGAAAUCGAUAGUUAUGGGAGCAAGUUCCCGCCGCUAGGAAUACACGCCACACCCGAUAACGUCACUUUAUAACACCCUGUUUUCGCGAAACCAACGCAGUGUAGGGCGACGCUCCCAGCAAAAUGUCGCCAAAUUUUAUCAUUUUCGUCCUCUCUAUCUCUUUGACAUUCGCGAAACGGUUCGGGAGUAUUGGUCACGGAAGAUCUUCGUCACAUAGUUAUCCACAUUCAACUGGCUAUUCCGGAUCAAACAAUCAUGGAAAUUCUUACCAUCAUACAAGUCAUGGACACUCCUACCCUGACUCUUCCGGCCUUUCAGGAAACAAGCAGUACGGACAUCAGCAAACCAACGUCCACCAACAAACGGCCAACGUCCAUCAACACAACACUUACAACACCCACACAUCCAAAACAGAAGUGCACCACCACUACCAUUAUAACCCUCCCCCACAUAUUACUUACGGGUCUCAAACGCUCCCAGUGUACCACGGUUCGCCACCUGUUUACGUCUACGAAUACAGAGAUUCUGGUAGCAGAUUCGAUACUUUGUUGACCGGCCUCGCUUUGUAUAACCUCGGCAAGAUGUCAGCCCAUCACCACCAUUACGACGACCGCCGCUACGAAGGUAGGCCGGGGGAAGUUUGCAAACUGGGAAUUCAUAAAUCAAACGGUGAUUACGAAGAGACGCGUAUCGGCUGCCAGUUGAUAUCCAGUUUCAUUUGGGAAGCGCAGACGGCUAGUAAUCAAGUACCGAAACAUACGAAUACUGUAACUACGUCAGUAACGAACCAAACGGUUACUACUAAUGGGACUAGCGUGUCUGUAACAGUCACGAAUACAACGGUGGUGGAUGCUCUCGCAGCGAAAGGGCCGUCGAUACAAGUGACGCCGGGCAUGACGUGCUACCUCAUACGGAUUUCUAGCGACUCCUCCACGAUGAAAAAGACCGUGGAUUGUGCCAUACUGCAAACCUACGCCAUGAGUUCUAUGAGAAGGAAUGCGUCUAAACUAUUAUCGCCAGUCUUGCAAAUGUUAGUAAUAACGAGCAUGUUAUUAUUUUAUUACAUUUAGAAUUUGAACAAAUAAUAUUUUUUUUUUCUUG